AUGGGAAACUCUCCUGCAGUGUCUUGUUUGACGGACAGAGAUGAGGUAAUGCAUCUGAAUAAGUACCUUACGGCCAGACAGAUAGAACUAGUGCAGCACACAUGGGACCUGAUGAAACAAGAUUUACCUGCAUUAGGACUCAGCGUUUUCGUCAGAUUAUUUCAGACAGAGCCAGAUCUGAAGAGGUUGUUCCCCAAGAUUGUUCAAAUGAAUGAGAAAAAUGAACUAGAGUGGGAAGUUGACAAAGACAUGUUGCAA